GUCAUCACCUCCCAAGCCGUAGUGUACAGAAGGUGGGGUAGGAACUUCCUUAAGCGUAGAGUUCCGGCAUUUGUAGCACUGUCGCCGCGAGUCUUCCUAACCAAGAACUCCGUUGGACUCGGCGAGAGAGCGUCAGGUGACUGCACGCAAAGGGACAUUCCACCGAAACAACUACUCUGUACUCUUCUCCUCCUGUGCGUGUUCGUCCAAACCCAAAGCUAGGGUUAAUUCUCGCUCAGUUCGAAUAAAAAUCUCGAAGAUCUUCGCCAUGGCUUUCCAGGGGAAGAAACUCAUCAACGAUCCAAAUGAUGUGGUAACUGAGUUCAUUGAAGGUCUUGUUGAAUCUUAUCCUGGAUUGACAUAUUUGGAUGGUUUUCCAGAGGUUAAGGUUGUUUUAUGCACUGGUGUGUCAAGCGCAACAUAUGACAAAGUUGCCAUUAUAUCAGGAGGUGGAAGUGGGCAUGAGCCUGCGCAUGCUGGAUUUGUUGGGGAAGGGAUGCUGACUGCAGCAAUUUGUGGUGACGUUUUUGCCUCCCCACCAGUUGAUUCAAUUCUAGCUGGCAUUCGAGCUGUAACAGGUCCUAAGGGAUGUCUUCUUAUUGUUAAGAAUUAUACUGGUGAUCGAUUAAAUUUUGGUUUGGCUGCUGAGCAAGCAAAAUCUGAAGGCUACAAAAUUGAGGUUGUUGUUGUUGGGGAUGAUUGUGCUCUACCACCGCCUCGUGGCAUUGCUGGACGAAGGGGUUUGGCUGGGACAGUUCUUGUUCAUAAGAUUGCUGGAGCUGCAGCUGCUGCUGGCCUUUCUCUUGCUGAUGUUACUGCAGAAGCACAAUGUGCAUCCGAGCUGGUUGGGACAAUGGGAGUUGCAUUGUCUGUUUGCACGCUACCGGGUCAAGUCACUUCAGAUCGAUUGGGCCCAGGAAAGAUGGAACUUGGUCUUGGAAUUCAUGGAGAACCUGGUGCUUCUGUUGCUGACAUGCAGCCUGUGGAUGUGGUGGUUUCUCACAUUCUUAAACAGAUUUUGUCUCCGGAGAGUAACUAUGUUCCAAUUAGACGCGGUAAUAGAGUGGUGCUCUUGAUUAAUGGGUUAGGUGCCACGCCUGUAAUGGAGCUGAUGAUUGCAUCAGGAAAAGCAGUCCCUAGAUUGCAGUUGGAGCACGGACUGGCAGUUGAGAGAGUGUAUACUGGCUCAUUUAUGACUUCUCUCGAUAUGGCAGGAUUUUCAAUAUCUAUCAUGAAAGCAGAUCCAGUGAUUUUGCAACGACUGGAUGCUCCAACAAAGGCUCCUUAUUGGCCUAUUGGCGCUACAGGUAAUCACGCACAUGCCAAGAUUCCUAUUCCAAUGCCACCAUCUCGUUCAACGGAUCAUGAUGAGUCAUUGAGUCAGCCGCAACAGCUGAAUCAGCAAGGCCAUGUUCUUGAAGUGGCUAUUGAAGCUGCAGCAAAUGCAGUUAUCAAUCUUAGGGACAGUUUAAAUGAUUGGGAUAGCAAAGUAGGUGAUGGUGACUGUGGGUCAACAAUGUAUAGAGGUGCGAAAGCAAUUUUGGAGGACAUGCAGAAGUAUUAUCCUCUGAAUGAUGCGGCAGAAACAGUUAAUGAGGUUGGAUCUUCUAUAAGGCGAGUUAUGGGAGGGACAAGUGGGAUCAUGUACGAUAUACUGUGUAAGGCUGCAUAUGCGCAGUUGAAAUCGAACACUCAAUCAGUUGUUACUGCAAAACACUGGGCUGCUGCACUUGAAGCUUCCAUUGUUGCAGUUAGUAAAUAUGGAGGGGCUAGUGCUGGUUACCGCACGUUGUUAGAUGCCCUUAUUCCAGCUUCUGAAGUUCUUAUAGAGAGAUUAGAGGCUGGGGAUGAUCCUUGCAGUGCUUUUGUUCUCUCAUCUGAUGCAGCAUUGGCUGGAGCAGAACGCACAAAACACAUGAAGGCACAGGCUGGCCGUUCAACCUAUGUCUCUGAAGAGAUCCUUGCAUCAGUUCCAGAUCCAGGUGCUAUGGCUUUGGCAACAUGGUACAGAGCAGCAGCCUUAGCUGUGAAUAGCAAAUACCAGGCUUCAUAAUUCAUGCACAGGUAGCAGACCAUGGUGCUUUGAGGUUGCGUAUAAGAACAACCAUUUGGGGGCCAGAUACCUUUGUUUUGGGCGUCCUGGCCAGCGUGGGCACCUUUACAUCUACAUUCUCCAUACCAAUACAAUAAUUGUAAUGAUACACUUGCAAUUUAUUAUCUUAUUUUAUUGUAACUUAAUAUAAGAUCUUCGUACAAUACACUCAUUGUGUUUUAGACACUUAAUAGUAUGACAAAAGACAAAAGAAUGUGAUAAUAGAAUGUUGUAAGAGAAUAUAAUUUUGAUAUAAGUGGCACCACUUGGCCUUUUUUGUUUGUA